AUGGCUCCUGACAGAGAUACCCUAUUUGCUUCCUACAAUCAUGUUAAAAGUACUCCAAGCAAUUUCCAAAAGCCUUCAAGGUUGUCAAUGGAUACCCUACAAAGAACAAUAUCCGACAUAUCCUUUGAGCUUAGCAAAGAAGUUGAUGCUGUUGCUGAUGAGUUGACGCUUCCCCCAAUUUCAGAAGUUGAAGAUGCGAAGUGUGAGUGUUGUGGGAUGUCUGAGGAGUGUACCCCAGAGUACAUUGCCCGAGUGCGGGAGAAGUUUUUGGGAAAGUUGAUUUGUGGGUUGUGCUCAGAGGCUGUGAAAGAAGAGAUGGAGAAAAGUGGAGGGAAGAUAGAGGAGGCAUUGAAUGAACACACGAGGGUUUGUGUGAGAUUUAACCGGUUUGACAGGACGAAUCCAGUGUUGUUCCAAGCUGCGGCUAUGAAGGAGAUGCUGAAGAAGAGUUCAAGGUUUGAUGGAAGUAGAGCCAAAUCUCUUAGCCCUAGAGAUCAUAAGAGAGGUUAUGGUAAUGCAAACAAGGGUGGCCUUACUCGGAGUUCAAGUUGCAUACCUUCCAUUACAAAGGAGAUGAGUGACAGAAAGUUUGUCAAUUGA